AUGGAAAGGCCGGAAAGCUACGCUUGUAAAGUGUUCAACGAAGAAGACUACCCGAAGAUUACCGAAGACUGGACAACGGCUACGUGUCUCGAACUUGUGAUCGAGUGGCUUCGGGGUGUCAUACUGCGAGAAUGGAAUGGGAAGGCAGAGAUUCAAAAAUGCUCCGCUGUUGGAGGCGUGCUAGAGCUUAUGUCUUCUAUCUACAAUUACUAUGGCGGACGCUGCGUCACUUGCGAGAGCUUUGAGACUCCAUAUGUGGCAGAGACAUUAGAUAUACUUCUGAUGCCUGGCACAUGGAUGGAAUUCGGCGGCGACAAUAACCUCAUUCACCUUUUGAAUUACCCUUUCCUGUUCCGCCCUUCUACCCUGGUCUCGUUCUUUAGAGCCAUCAAUCAUGCAGCCAUGGCGAAAGCAUACCAUGAAGCCAAAAUCAACGCUAAACUUGUGGAGUCUUUGGGUUUCUCUUCUCGUGAGACUGGCCAGGGAAAUUUGAAAUCAGAUGAUCGCGUCCGUAGACUUACCGAGGAAAAUUUAUUUUUGACAAUUCGACGCGACAACAUCCUCACAGAUGCUUUUGAUCAGCUCUGGCGCAGGCAGCAACAGGAGCUAACGCGGCCUCUCAAAGUUAUCCUAGGCGAAGAUGAGGGCGAGGAGGGCGAAGAUCAUGGUGGCAUACAGCAGGAGUUUCUACGACUGGCCACUGCAGAAUUUAUGGAUCCCAAGUACGGCACUUUCACCACGGACUCAGUCACUGGGAUGGCGUGGUUUCAACCCAGCUCUCUUGAGCCCUUGUACAAAUUUGAACUCUUCGGAUUGCUUACUUCCUUAGCAAUCUACAACGGCUUAACUCUGCCCUUCAACCUUCCAAUUGCUUUCUACAUGAAACUUCUCAACCACCCACCAAGUCACCUGGAGGACAUUGAAGAUGGCUGGCCUGAGCUAGCCAAGGGCUUGAAGGCACUGAAAGACUGGUCCGAUGGCGAUGUCGAGGACACCUUCUGUCGCGCUUACCAAUUCAGCGUCGACGUCUUCGGCACAGCCCAAAGCGUUGAUAUGAUGCCUCCAUCAAAAUCUUCUCCGACCACAUCCCGCUCCUCGUCGCCCGGCAUCCCUAUGGUUACAAACGCCAACCGGCACCAGUACAUCCAGGACUACAUCUACCACCUCACGACCACAAGUAUAGAGCCGCAAUACGAAGCCUUUGCCAAGGGUUUCAAAGCCAUCAUCAACCCUAAAUCUUUAGAUCUCUUCACAGUAACCGCACUACAGACACUCAUUCAAGGCGUACCCAAAAUUAAUACGCACGACCUCGAAGCCGUAACAAAGUACGAAGGCGGAUACUUCGCAGAGCACUACAUCAUCAAGCAUUUCUGGUCCAUUGUCCAUGGUUGGGCUUCUGGCCAAGGCUCGGAAGGACCUUUCUCCCAGAAUAAAGAAGAAGCGAUGGAGAUAGGACAGGCAAGGGUGCAACAGUUGCUGGAGUUCGUGACUGCGAGUGAUCGAUUGCCUGUAGGUGGAGAGGCGAGGGUGGCAUUUGUGGUGCAGAAGAAUGGGGUGGGCGAUGAGAGACUGCCGACGAGCUUGACGUGUUUUGGGAGGCUGCUGCUCCCGGAGUAUACGUCGAGGUGGAAGACGGAGAAGAUGUUGGAACGGGCAGUGGAGAACGCGAGGGGAUUUGGACAGCCGUAA